CACCUCGAAUACCCCUCCACUUCGCAUCCCACCCCGUACCAGAUCUUCCACCUCCCGCACGACGCAACCCAGAGGGACAUCAAAACAAGAUACUACGACCUCGUCAGGAUAUACCACCCUGACUCGCCCUUCUGCAGGGAAGACUCACCCGAGAAGCGGCACACCCGCUUCCAGGCCAUCACCGCCGCCUACGAUGCGCUGCGUAGCCGC